GGUGAGGGACGCAAACCUCGCGAGAGUCCCGUCGGGCAGGAGGUUCAUCAUGGCAGGCGGUAAGUUGGUGCUGGAGGGAAGAGUUAGUGUCAGAGCCUUUGUUUUAGGACUCAGCGUCGUCACGAUCCCGCUCAUCCGGACCUUCUUUGGACGCGCGGACUGGGUCUUUGACUAUCUCACGGAAACGCCCGGGAAAAUCGCCAUUUGUCUGCACAUAGCGCUGAUCAAUGGCCUGCUGCUGCUCACGUACAGGGGACCUCUGUAUAAGGUCGCUCUGAGGGCCUCGUUCCUGGGGCUGGUGUUUGGUUCUGGUCUGAUCAUCAGUCUGUCUGAAACCAGCUGGACUCACUUUGGCUGGUACAUGUGUUCUCUGUCCUUCUUCCAUUACUCGGAGUAUCUGGUGACGGCCUUGAUAAACCCGCGCAGUUUGUCUCUGGACUCGUUUCUCCUGAACCACAGUCUGGAGUACAGCCUCGCCGCGCUCUCCUCCUGGCUCGAGUUCACCGUGGAGAAACUCGCCGUCCCAGAGCUGAAGCAGCUGACGUGGAUCAGCGUGGUGGGGCUGGUGAUGGUUCUGUGUGGAGAAGCUCUGAGGAAAGCCGCCAUGUUGACCGCCGGCUCCAACUUCAACCACAUUGUCCAGAACGAGAAGGCCCAGAGCCACGUCCUGGUCACCAGCGGAGUCUACGCCUUCUUCAGACACCCGUCCUACGUGGGCUGGUUCUACUGGAGUAUAGGCACUCAGGUGAUCUUGUGUAACCCCGUCUGUAUCGUGGGCUACACAAUAGCGAGCUGGCGUUUCUUUCGAGAGCGAAUCGAGGAGGAGGAGCUGUCCCUGAUCCACUUCUUCGCCGAGGACUAUGUGGAGUACAAGAAGAAGGUGCCCACGGGACUUCCCUUCAUCUCGGGCAUCCGCGUGAACUAGCCCCGCCCCUGCCCCGGCCGCUCGGACACUACACGGCGCUGGGCCCGGACACGUCACUGUGCACUUUUGCAUGUCUGCGCUCACGUUCCACGGACCGCGGCGGUGCAGCUCAGAGCUUCUCUCGGCUCCUGUAGCAAACGGACGGAGCAGAAGAGACGCCGCUUUAAAAAAAAAAAAAAAAGGACCUCUGUCUGUAGUUCCACGUCUCCGUCUCUAGAGGGAGUGAAUCGUACGAGUGCACACUUCAGACUGUAGCUCGGCCUCUGUGGCUCUCAGGUCACGUCCACCUCACUUCACUGGAGUCUGCAACGCCUCUGUGUGUGUGUGUGUGUCUGUGUGUGUGUGUGUGUGUGUCUGCGUGUGUGUGUGUGUAUCAAGAUGUGUGUAAAAUCCCUCAGUCGUCCAGGUAGAAUCCACAGCAAAGGAGAAGUUCAAUUUGUCAACUGAACAAACAUUUAUUUAGGUCAAAAACAUUUCUCGGCUCCUCUAAGCUGCUCCUUCAGUUUUAUCUGUCUGAAGGGAGGAGCUAACUACACUGAAACUACUCUGAAACUCACACACGCACUUCUUUAUACAGUUUGUGUUUGUAGCUCGGCCUGUUCAUGCUUCCGUCACAAACGACUGGACAAAUGUUUAAUUCUUCUUCAGUUGUGGUCAGACGCUGGUGGACACUUCCUUAUAUCUGCCUAAUGGAGCUAACUACACUGAAACUCCUCUGAAACUCUAUAAACAAGUGUGUGUUAGUUUCAGUUCGUAGCUCGGCCAGUAAUCUCUAUUCGCACUUCCGUCACAAACCUGGAAGACGUUUGGAAACAUGAUUACAACUUCCUUAUGGGUUCUGUCCCUGGUCGUAGGUCUGACAAAAUGUAGGAAAAAUGAGAAAAUGUCCCAGUUUUCUUCAUCUCCAUGUUGUUGUGUCGUUCCAUUCUGUUCAGCUGAUCAACAUUUCCAGCCACACCUCAGUUUUCAUCAUUUUUCCGCUGACAGACGACUCCGAUCGCACUGGGAACAUGUGACUAGAAGAGACGAGAUGAUUCCAAACAGCUCAUACGUCUGCAGGCUUCAUUUUACCACUGACACGUUUACUUCAAGUUUCACCGCAUGUUUCCAAACGUUUUCCUGGUUUGUGACGGAAGCGUGAAUAGAGACGAUCGGCCGAGCUACAAACACAAACUGUAAACAAGUGUGUGUGUGUUAGUUUCAGAGGAGUUUCAGUGUAGUUGGCUCCUGCAGACAGAUAUAAGGAAGAGUCACCAGCGUCUGACCAGAACUGAAGAAGCAGCUGAGAAACAUAUUCAUAAACGUUUCUCCAGUCGACAAAUUGAGUUUCUCCUUCGCCGUGUGUGUUUGAGGGGGGCUCUGUGUGUGUGUGUGUGUUUGAGGGGGGGGGCGCAGUCUGCUACACCUGUGUAUUUGUGUGUGAGAGGAGUGUGUGUGUG